GUUCACAUACAGUCACUUUGUUUCAGCUUGAGAGAUCAUCCCGGACUUUGCCCCCUCUGCUGUAGCUGAGACGUCCCUGGAAGACAUAGUCUUACUGUUCUAUGAUGUUUCUGACACUGAGACAGUCAGAGCCUUGUCCCAGUCUCUAGACCUGCCUGUCUGUGUGGUGGAUGACCUCCUGCCCUCUGAAGCUGUCAAUGAGAUGGAGCAGAGCAAUUCUGCCAGGAGCAGAGCAACCUCAGUGACGGAAACCACAGAAGAGGGGAAGCUCAACAGUGUGGAAGAUCUGACACUUAUGGACUUCCUUCAAAACCUAACUGAGAAGCAAUGGAGGGGGAUUCGUGAGGGCAUGUUUGACCCGCUGACAAAACAACAGCUUGCCGGCUUGUGUCUGAGGAUUGACCAGUUUUUAUCGGACAAGCUGAUGCAGAUCAUCAUCCCAGGUCUUUACGAACUACUGGGCAUCCAAGAUGCUGCCUCCUCUCAAUUGUCACAGAGAUCUCUCACAGCGUCACUCACCAGCCUGUUAGACGAUAAGGCUAACACCAAGUCCCGCGUGAGAUUUACUGAGGCUGGUGUACCUAAGAGGCCAGGCAGACGAAAGUCUUACAAUAGCUUUCGCAUCCCGACUCCCUACCCUUCCUCCAACUGUAUGGAGCUAAAAGAGGAAGAAGAGCAGGAAUCACAACAACUUAAGUUCAAGGAGUUUUACCUGACUAAGGAGAUGGGCAGUCUGGGCAGUGGAAGCUACCUGCCCAAGGGGGCCAUGAGGUAUGUUCUUAAAGGGAAAUUUAACAACUUCAUAUUCAUCUCCAGCAUCACCAUAUGUGAAAAUUACACAUUUCCCUGCUUUGUAGUAAAAAAAGAGAGAGGAACGUAACUGUUUCCAAUAGUGCUGAGAGAUUUGUGCUUUUUGAGGUUGAUUUGGUUUCGAUUCAAAUAUUUAAAAAAUAAUCACGGUUUUCGAUUUCAAUACUUUUUUUAGAUAUUGAAUGCACUAUGUAUUAUGUGGGUUGAAUGCUGUAACAACACAGAAUAAAACUAUUGAUAAAAGUCCCAUUUGGGUAGUGACUGCCCAUUACUGCUUAUCACUUAUUAACCAUCAUUUACUUUCUCAUAUAAAAUAUUUAUUUGAUGACUUCAUUAUUUAAUUCCAAGUCAUCAACUCAUCUCUAUAGAGCUGCUGCCUAUGCUGUCUGACAAAAUCACUAUUUUAGUAGUUCUUCUAAGUAAAUAAGGCAUACUUUUAUGACUGCUGAAUACCAACUAUCUAUCAAUCACUUAGAUCAUGUAUUUCCAGGUAGAGAAACCUCGCAAAGCAACUGCUUUUUAUCGCUCUCAUGCAUUCUCUCGUCUCUCCGUCUCAGUCAAUGAGGUCUCCGUAUCUGCUCCACACAGAGUGGACAAAUAAGCGGGCGUGCAAUGGAUUAUGGGAAUGAAUGACCAUAUUUUCUGUUCUAAACUAUGAAGAAAAUUGGCCUGUUGGAAACUACAACUCCCUACUACAUUGCAUAGUUCGUGCUUGAUCUGAUUUAUCUCUACAGAAACUGAGCAUCGAGCUCACAGAAGAAGAAAAAAAUUAAAUAUAUGGAAUUCAAAUAAUUGAGCCGACGUCGGUCAAUUAUUUGUUUAAAAACCGAAAAAUAACAAAAAUGUUGGUUAAAUGCUCAGCUCUAGAUUCUAAUGACAUAAUCAGUGUGCAUCGUAUGAUUUUAACCAAUUAUGAGUAGGCAUAGCCUACUAAUUGGUUGAUGAUGUCAUAGAAAACACUUAUCUUCCUCUUUCUUUUUUACUACAAAACAUA